AAAAAUGUAGGUCACUUAAUGUUUUUCUCUUACUUUAGGUUGUUAAAUGACUUCAAAUGAUAUUUUUUAAAUCGCAAAACAUAAAUAGGUUUCAACAAAUAAUUUCAUAUGAGAUUACAUAGAGGUGAUCCCAAACUUUUGAAGCGAGUAUAGAAUGCUAAGCAACAUUCUGAUUUGAUUGUGCUUCAACAUUGAGGCGAUCGUAGAAAUGCGGGGUUUUUAACUCUGCUAAAAAUUGACUUCGCUAUUCAGAUGAUUCACAAUGACUCUGUUUGGAAAUCUCUAUCAGAAAUAAACAUAAAUUGUAACUGAAAUAAUAAUAUGGUUUAAGGUAAACAUUCACAUUUGUAAGUAUAGAUUGACAUAGUCGAGGUGUUGAAUAAUACCAAUACAAAAUCGAAUAAUGUUCGUGCAAAUGUCAAUAGCCUGUUCAAUUACGAGAACACAUUUCGUCGAUUAAUUCGUUAUUCAAAGUUAUUAGAGAUCAGCGAUCUAUGGAAUCGAACAACCAAAUGUUUACAAGGAUUAUUUUACUCUUUAGGCAUGUAAGAAACGAGAACACGAAUUUGACACUAGAACAGCUAUUGAAUUCAUGAAAACAAACCUGUAUCCAACAGGUAUCCAUCUAAGCUUGAUUGUUUAUUAUACAAACUCAAUUGUAUCCAAGUAUUAUAGCUAUACAUAUUGGCAUUGGAAUGUGAUGUGCAUGGAUCAAAAUCUGAUAGAUCGAUACUGUCCAUUUGGAGGUCAAGUCGAGAGCAUGCGACAAUGCCUAUAACAAUGCAAUUAUACUUUAAGUUUUUAUCUCAAGGACAUAAAAACUGCAACUUUAUCUUUUCAAGUACAAUCUAAACAUUUACAGAUCAUUUUUUAUCGCAUUCAAAACAUCAUACAAAUGUAAUAAAAAAAAGUCAAAGAAAAAGAAAUAGAGGAAACAAACAAAGCUGUCCUGAGUGUAUAGAAACAAGGGACAAUAGGACAAAAGUCAAUAGAAACCGCAUACAAUGCUGAAACGCGAUACUAAAGAGAUCGAGAGGGACAGAAAUGAUAGAAACUCACCCAAACAUUUCGACCUUGAUUCUGUUAGCUGUGUAUCAGAUUCCGUUAUCGACCGAAGGAAAUAUGCUGAGUAUUUACCUAACACGAUCUUUAAUGAAUAUGAAGGUGAAGACAUUGAUAGAACUGUUGAACAUUUAGAUAUACGUAAUCGAAGAUACAUUAAGAGUGCACAUGGAACACUUAAAACGGAAAAAUCACUGCCAAAAUGGCCCUUAAAGUUUCCGAUGCCUUUAGAAACGUUAAGAGUCGAGGAAUCUAAAAGGAUUAAUGGUAUAAACAAUAGGCGUGAUCGACCGGUACUGUAUAAUUCAAAUAGCGAUCAUCUCACGUCGGGAGGCACUGCUACACACUGUCAAUCCAGCACAAAAGAACGUAUCAAUGAAGACGUAGGCAGAGAUAAACUAACCACACACACCCUACUUAACAUCAAACCUGCAAAGGUCCAUAAAGAAUGGGGACACACUUACGAUGAACAACUGAAAGACAUCGCCAUGGAUGAAGCAUUCAGGAAUACUUUUCAUAACGGAUUUGAUGCAACAGACCCUGAUAAACUAAGCAUGACUAAAAUUGUAAAUUUCCUUUCUGGAAUUAAACCCAGAGAUCAAGAAAGAGAAUAUGCUUCACGGAGACUGGAUAUAUGGCAAAAGGAUAACCUAAAAGGUAUAGCACCAACACCAGUUGAGAUGUCAUUGCGUGUCGCACGAAGGAACAGACAUCCCGACAGGGUGACAUCCAACCUUCCUGUUGGAAAUGGAAACCUUUCCUCGACCUCUUCUACAUCCUCGUUAACACUACCACAGUGUAGAGGUGCACAGCUGACUUCUAAAAUAAAGCACAAUUCCAUGCGAGGAAAUAUCAAACUACCUUUGGACGCUUGUAUCCGAAAAUACGCGGCCUCUUAUGAAUCCAAGAAAAGAAAUCAAAGUAAUAAAGAAGCGUCAUUCAUUCAAUUUACAGGGAAAGACAAUGCACAAUGCGAUUGCCCAAAGACACACGUCUGCCAUUGCAAAAAUGGCCCUGCGGUUCAUGUAUUGCGCACAACUUUGAGAAGCCAUCCUGAUUUGAAUAGGUCAGCGACAUUCCAUAGUUUCCCCACGUAUCCCGCCUCAGACCCAGGGCGUAAUAGUUUGCACAGGGAAACGAGCAAUAUGAAACGUGCUGACACGUUCCCGAGUGGGCUUUCAAAUAUUGACAUUGACCGUAAAUCAAAGACUAAUCCCGGUAAUAAAACUGAUGAAAGUCACCAAAAGCGACUGGUCGUGACUCUACCCAGCAUUGAGAAAAAUAUCGACAACUCUGAAACUUCUAAUAUUAAACUUUCUCUCAGGAAUGACGCAUACCCUUCCAAGAGUUACCUAAGUGAUAUUGAGUGUCCAAGUCAACGAGAAAUGACGGGGAACUCCAAAGAAAAGUUAAGCCCAGAAGAGAGACUAAAAAAGAAUGAACGCAAUAAAACCAUAGCAUUAAGAAAUGUUUGCACGAGGUACUCAAAGAGUAAAUCCGAGCCAUGUCUUGUGACAUCUUAUAAGAAAGAAGUGAGUUGGUAUGACCAGUCACUUAUGGAGAAACACUAAAAUUAUAUAGCAUGAUUAAUGUAAACAGGUCCCCUUACACACAGUGAAUAAUAAUAGACAGGUUGAGUUCCAUGCAUUCGUAAGAAUUUGAACGUGAACGUGUAAUCUCUCAAUUGGUUCAAAUAAGGACCUCAUUACAACUUCUUUCGUCACACAUUCAUACUCACUAGGACAAAUAAAGGCCAGUUAAAGGUGGAGUGAAAAUAGUCCGUUCUCUAAGACAAUCAUUUUAAACGAUUCACGUCGGUAUUGUACAGUUUUUCAAAACAGUGAUAACUUAACCUCCCUAACAAACGUUAUGAUUAAUUAAACAUAAUGGUCUAGAUUAAACGGUUUACUCACGUUUAUGAUAACAAUAAAUUUGUUCAUUAUAUACUUGUAUGUUUUCACCAACUGGAGAGAUAAUAGUAUUUCACCAUCAUGAUAAACCAUGACAUUUCAUUUCUUCUCAGCGUUGAAAUAUUUCGGGUAAAACAGAAAGAUGCUAUGAGUAUCAGAAUGGUAUUUCACACCAUUACACCAAUGCGUCUUUGCCACACAUGAACUGACUCCUUUAACCGUCAUAUUUAUGGGGACAUAUACAUCAUAAUAUCAGAG